AUGCAUGGUGUUAAGUUCACGGAUAAAGAACCGUUGAGCAUUUUUAUCCGUUCGACUGAUACUUUGUCGGAUCUGAAGAGGAACAUACUGCAGAAGGCAGGGUUAGCUGGGGCCAAGUCGGUGAAGAAGGUGUUCUACAAGAUUCCGAUGGCGGCCGUGUCGAGUGGUGUGCAGUAUGAAACAUUUGUCAUCGGGUCGGAUGAAGACAUGUGGGUGUUGUUUCAUUGUUGGCAGAGUUUUCCGGAGGUGAGAAUACACGAGUUGUUUGCCAAGUUAAAAAACCGUGUGGAAAGUUCCGGAGCUUCAGUGCCAAAUCCUCAGUCGACGACAAUGGAGGGUGCUUCUACUUCGAUGCCUGUCGUUGCACCUCCUACCUGCACCUCCACCUAUUCUAGCACUGGCAGAUAUGUCACCCGUGAGGACGAGACUCCAGUGCCCUCACCUGCACCUCAGGGGUCAUCCAGUUCUGGGUCCUACCAACAACCGCUGCAUUUCUCGACGCUCAAUCUGGAAGCAGUGAGCCAACAACCAGAUGAUCGACACACCUUCGACAACCGCGGAUUACACGAGGGCAAUGCUUCUGGCGAAUUUCAGAUUGGUCAAUCUUUUCAGACUAAGGAGGAAGCUGUGAUGAGUGUUAAGGAUUAUAGCAUUCGUCGUGGAGUUCAGUAUAAGGUAAUGGAAUCUAAUCAUCUGAAGUAUGUUCAGAGAUGCAAGGAGUUUGGAAAUGGCUGCAGCUGGAUCAUCCGAGUUGCACUUCGGCAGCGAAAGGGUAAUUGGGAUGUUAGAAGGGCAGAUGCAGCAAUUACCAUAAAGGUGUUGCAAGAAGCUACUGAGUUAACUUACGGAUUCAGGCCUAGCUACAAGAAGGUGUGGAAGGCAAAGCAGAAGACAGUUGCCUAG